UUUCCUCUCACCCUACCUUCUAGCCUCUGUCCAAAUUCUCUCCACUCUCUCCGUCGACAGUCUAGAACCUUCAAUCGCUCUUGCCAAAAUUAAACCCCAAAUCUUCCCAUAUAGUCCUUGCUUCCAAACAAUUUAGCCGACUGUUAAAUAGUCUUGUUCUUACAGCGGAUGAAUAAGCUCCUGGUGACAGAUUUUGAAAAAGAAACCCUAAUUUCUUAAUGUCGAAAUUAGCAAUUAUUCACGACAUUAAAGUUGUUCUCCUCCAGGCUCCAGAUACUACGCAUUUUCUUCUCUGUUCUAUGCGUUUCUUCUCGCAAUCUCGCCAGUUCACCGCCUCCCACCUUUGACAGUCCCACUGCCUCGCCACUCGCCAGUCCACCACGGCGCUGCGCCGCUUCCGGUCCACUGCAUCGCCACCGCCUGUCGGCCUCCGCCUCUGCCUCGGCCCUCGCCAGUGGCCUCGAGCCCUCGACACCAGCCACUACCCACCAGAUAAAGAUAAUGAAAAAGUCAGGAUAUGGAUUACAGCUUAGAGCUCCACCUUCCCAGCAGAAGAAACAGCCAUCAAGACCCCCUCUCCCCACUGCACUUGGUUUUGGUGAUGGGGAUGAUGAUGACGUUGAGAAAGAAAUCUCUCGCCAAGCUUCCAAGAACAAGGCUCUGAGAGAUAUCGAGGAGCAGCAUAAGAAGGCUCUAGAAGAGGAUCCAUCAGUGUUUGAUUAUGAUGGAGUAUAUGACGACAUGAAAAUGAAGGCUGUUCAACCUCGAGCACAAGACCGUGAGGAGAGGAAGCCAAAAUAUAUUCAACAACUAAUUCAUAAGGCCAAGCAACGUGAACGCGAACAUGAGAUAAUAUAUGAGAGGAAACUUGCCAAAGAGAGAACUAAAGAUGACCACCUCUUUGCAGACAAAGAUAAAUUUCUCACUAGCGCAUACAAGAAGAAACUUCAAGAGCAGGAAAAGUGGAUGCAGGAAGAGCGUCUUCGUGAGCUAAGAGAGGCAAAAGAAGAUGUUACUAAGAAGACAGACAUUAGUGACUUUUACUUCAGCCUGGCAAGUAAUGUCGCUUUUGGAGGUGGAGAAUCAAAGAUAAACAAGCCCGAGAAGCAGCAUGAAGAAGAGGUGGCAAUUCAACCGCAAAAAGAGAUCCCAUCCUCGAGCACUGUGUCCCGAGACAUGUCUAGGGAGAUAAAGAGGCAAGAGAUUGAGAGUUCUCCCAGUCCCAAAGAGAGGUCUCAACAGGCUGCAGAUACAAGACCUAUUUCCAAUGCUUCCUCCGAAGAGAAAGCCAUAACUGCACCGGCAAUUGAUGAUGGACCGGCUGUAAAUGAAGCAUUAGUUAACGAUCAACCAAGACAGGAGCAUCAUAAAAGGAGCGGCGAUGCACUGGCUGCAGCUAAGGAACGGUUUAUGGCACGGAAGAGAGCGAAGGAAGAAAGGUUAGUAUGAGGUGCAAUGUGCAUUUAGGUUUUCUCAUCUUCUUUACCUAGUGUUGUUGAGGUCUGUUGGUAGCUCCAUUUGAGUCAUAUUCUCACAUCCUCAUGUAAUUCUCUUUCCAUACAAGGGGCAGUAGAUGCAUACUACAGUCUCUUGUUUCAAUUCAUUUGUGGACCCCUAUGAUUGAGGGGAAAAUGCUUUAGAAAUUCUUGAAUAUGUAGUAAGUGUUUCAAGUUUGUAGUCCCUUAUAUUUUAGCAAAAGCUUCUGAUCAAUAAUGUUACAUUUGCCAAAUCAUUUAAUUUGCACUAAUGAUGUAAUAGCUUAAUUAUACUA